UGCGCACUGCGCGUAAAGGACACUCGAACCCUCGCCGUGACUUGCGUCGCUCUUCAUCAAGAGGAAACUUUAGUUUCUGAAUGAAGUGGACUUUUUGGUGUGUUUCUCUGCGUUACAGCCAAAUAACACUUCUGACAGCUUGGUCUUUGUUCAGCAGUGACGGUAGAAUAUGUUUAAGGAGAGGCGGGCGUUCAUUUGUAAAUUCUCACCGUUUUCAACAGAAGCGCAGCCAUGAAACACAGUCAAACGGGGAAUUAUAAAAGAGGACCAGCUUUAUAAGAAGUCCCCAGAUGCUUUCAUUGAUCAUUUCAUGUGCCAUGCAUGGAACAACAAUCACGCGUCGGCUGCGUUUGGCGUUUUAACGGGACUUUAUGUGGAGAACCUGCACUUAUACACCUAUGAAAGAUGCUGCAAAUGUGCUGAGGACCUCUAUAUAUUGUCCUUUACAUCAUCCGGCCAUUUCUGAUACGUUAAAACAUCUUAUUUGACUUAUUUACCAGGUCAGAUUAAGAGAGGUCUUGCCAUUGUCUGGGUUCGGACAUCUGCGCGUUUUCGCCUACAUCUAUUAGUUCUCUUUAUGUUUGAGAAGAUGACAGAUCCAGUAUUAUGACCGCGUUUCUCUCGUCGAGCCUCUCUUAUCCAAAUGGAUUUCGCGCAGGUUUGCUUUUCUCCUUAAAGCGGCUCUUAAGUUGGCUUUGGUGACUCAAGGACACUCCGAACUCUCCAAAUGGCUCUAUUAAACACGGAAUAUGGUCAUAUCUCCUGGCCUGAGCCCAUCUGAUAUAGUUCUAUCACUGAUCUGACUGGUGUAGAGUGACCAUGAUCUCCUUCGGCUGCGCUCUCAUGGUUCUCAUGGUCACUCAGGUGUUCUGUGGAGGCUCCAGUGGACUCGUCCCUCAGAUCGGCCGCUCCUCGCUGUCCCAGGACGUCCUGCAUGCGUUUGAACUUCGACUUCUGAGCAUGUUUGGGCUCCAGCACAGACCCAGUCCAAACAGGUCUGCGGUGGUUCCUCAAUACAUGAUGGACUUGUACUCGAUGCACUCGGUGAACGCGGAACCGAAUAACGGCAACAGACCCAGAGGUUUCACUGGGAAAGGUUCGGAAAGAUCCGCCAGCCGAGCAAAUACAAUAAGGAGCUUCCACCAUGAUGAAUUCACUGAGGAUCUGUCCAGUUUGAGCGGAAAGACGACGCAACGGUUCGUCUUCAACCUGAGCUCCAUCCCCGGCGAGGAGUUCGUUACAUCGGCAGAGCUCCGGAUUUUCAGAGAGCAGGUUAUGAGUUCUUUUAGCAACGGGAGCACGGGAUACCACCGCAUUAAUAUUCACGAGAUCAUCAAACCUUCCGGUUCCUUCAAAGAACCAAUCACGAGACUCCUCGACACGAGGUUGGUUCAGCACAGCUUGAGUAAAUGGGAGAGUUUUGACGUGAGCCCUGCUGUCAUGCGGUGGACCGCGGACAGACACCCUAACCACGGCUUUGUGGUGGAAAUAGUUCACCCAGAGAGCACAGAAGAGGACUACAAAAGACACGUUCGUGUCAGUAGAUCCCUGCACGACAGGGAGGACACCUGGCCUCAAAUGAGGCCGCUUUUGGUGACCUACAGCCAUGAUGGAAAGGGCAACGUGCUGCACUCUCGCGAGAAACGGCAAGUACGGACAAACAAACAGCGGAAGAAGCACAAAGCGAAUUGUAGAAGACACUCACUCUAUGUGGACUUUAGCGAUGUCAAGUGGAACGAUUGGAUAGUCGCGCCACCGGGUUACCAUGCGUUUUACUGCCAGGGCGAGUGCCCGUUUCCUCUGGCGGACCAUUUGAACUCCACCAACCACGCUAUUGUACAGACACUGGUCAACUCCGUGAACAACAACAUUCCCAAGGCGUGCUGCGUUCCCACGGACUUGAGUCCGGUUUCUCUGCUCUAUCUAGACGAAUAUGAGCGAGUGAUCUUAAAAAACUACCAGGACAUGGUCGUGGAGGGUUGCGGAUGCCGUUGACGCCUGGGCCUGGAACGCACAGACUUUAAAGACACUUUAUUUUUCCCAGUACUACACUUUAUUUAUAAUAAAGUAAAACACAUAUUUUGGAGAAGUAUAUAAAGAUAUAUUUAUGUUCACUAUUGG